GUUAGAUGGGAACGUGCAACUCAAUACAAAGGCAAAGAUAAUAGCUGCCUUUUGUUGGGUGCUUACAGCAAGCCAAGCCCUAUGCUGAGCCCUUUGCAUACCUGACUAAAAUAAUCCUCACAACAAGCCUGUGAGGUGAAGAGAUUGUUUUCUGAAGGCUGCGUUGGAGGCUGUGACAGAGCAGAGAGCCCGUGUGGAGCUGAUGGGGAGGCUUUCUGAAUAACAUGGCCCUUCGCCAUUAGUCUUGCCAUGACCACAUUUUUCACCAGCGUCCCCCCCUGGAUUCAAGAUGCAAAGCAGGAGGAGGAAGUGGGCUGGAAACUAGUUCCCAGGCCUCGGGGCCGGGAGGCGGAGAGUCAAGUGAAGUGCCAAUGUGAAAUCUCGGGGACGCCCUUCUCAAAUGGGGAGAAGCUGAGGCCUCACAGCCUCCCCCAUCCAGAGCAGAGACCGUAUAGCUGCCCUCAGCUGCACUGUGGCAAGGCUUUUGCCUCCAAGUACAAGCUAUAUAGGCACAUGGCCACCCACUCAGCCCAGAAACCCCACCAGUGUAUGUACUGUGAUAAGAUGUUUCAUCGCAAGGACCAUUUGCGGAAUCACCUGCAGACCCAUGACCCCAACAAAGAGGCCCUUCACUGUUCUGAGUGCGGUAAGAAUUACAAUACGAAGCUAGGCUACCGGCGCCACCUGGCUAUGCAUGCCGCCAGCAGCGGUGACCUCAGCUGUAAGGUGUGCCUGCAGACCUUUGAGAGUACCCAGGCCCUACUAGAGCACCUGAAGGCCCACUCACGCCGAGUAGCAGGCGGUGCCAAGGAGAAGAAGCACCCCUGUGACCACUGUGACCGGCGGUUCUAUACUCGAAAGGAUGUGCGGCGGCACCUGGUGGUGCACACAGGCCGGAAGGACUUCCUAUGCCAGUACUGUGCCCAGCGGUUUGGCCGCAAGGACCACCUGACACGUCACGUCAAGAAGAGCCACUCGCAGGAGCUGCUCAAAAUCAAGACAGAGCCAGUGGACAUGUUAGGCCUACUCAGCUGCAGCUCCACAGUCAGUGUGAAGGAAGAGCUGAGCCCUGUACUGUGCAUGGCCUCUCGGGACGUGAUGGGGGCCAAGGCCUUCCCUGGCAUGUUGCCCAUGGGCAUGUAUGGUGCCCACAUCCCUACCAUGCCCAGCACAGGCAUGCCACACUCCCUGGUGCACAACACGCUGCCCAUGGGUAUGAGCUACCCUCUGGAAUCCUCACCAAUCUCUUCCCCAGCUCAGCUUCCUCCAAAAUACCAGCUUGGAUCUACCUCAUACUUGCCUGACAAAUUGCCCAAAGUGGAGGUGGAUAGUUUUUUGGCGGAGCUUCCUGGAAGCCUGUCUCUCUCGUCCGCUGAACCCCAGCCCGCCUCACCUCAGCCGGCGGCAGCUGCGGCCCUCCUAGAUGAAGCACUGCUCACCAAGAGCCCCGCCAACCUCUCUGAGGCCCUCUGCGCUGCUAAUGUGGACUUCUCCCACUUACUGGGCUUUCUUCCACUCAAUCUACCCCCAUGUAACCCGCCCGGGGCCACAGGAGGCCUGGUCAUGGGCUACUCCCAGGCCGAGGCACAGCCCUUGCUCACCACUUUGCAAGCUCAGCCUCAAGACUCCCCAGGAGCUGGGGGACCACUGAACUUUGGACCUCUGCACUCCUUGCCUCCUGUCUUCACCUCUGGCCUGAGCACCACCACCCUGCCUCGUUUCCACCAGGCAUUCCAGUAGCCCCCAAGGAGGCCCUCAGUCCAGUCUUAGGCUCUGUCAGGGAGCCUCUGUACCCACCCUAUCUGCAUCCCUCAUGAAGGCAGCUGAGCUUUCAGAGCUGGGUUCAAAAAGAAAAAAUUCCAGUAUCUGUAUGGAGCACUUGGUUUGGGGGUUCAGGCUCCAGGAUCAGUUCCAGGAGGAGCCUUGAGCCCCAGCCCCAUGAAAAGAUCUCAUACCAUAGAACUUCAGGUAUUUUUACUUUUACUUUUUUGAUCUGAAUCGGGAGCCACACUUAGCCCUCUCCCCCUCCAAAGUGUCAGAACCUCCUUCUCUUCAGAGAAGGAAGCGACCUCUUGGAGACAUAGAGGGUGUCACUUUGGAUGACCUCGAGAGAAAUAGCCCAAGAAGCCCGCCUUCUGGUCCCAACCUGCAGACCCCACAGCAGUUGGUCAGGCCCUGCUGCAGAGAGAGGGUCACUUGGCUCCAUCGCCUGCUUCCAGCCAGUGGGCAGGAGAGAGGGCCUCUUCUUCCCACCACCCCAUCCCUCCUGUACCAACACCUCCAUUUCCAGUCAGUGUUGUCCAGCAACGGUACCGUUUACACAGUCGUCUCAGACACACCAUUCACCUCCCUUGCCAAACUGUUAGCCUUAGAAUGAUUGCAGUGAACAUUGUUUACACGUCGUGAAUCCAUUCCCACCAGUCCAUUCCAGUUGGCACCAGCCGGAACCAUUUGGUACCUGGUGUUAACUGGAGCCCUGUUUACAAGGCGGAGUCGGGUCUCGCUGACUUCUCUUCACUUGAGGUCACAUUUUUCCCCUGUGGGGAAAUAAACUGACUUUGGACUGCUUCAGUCUCUGCCAUCUUCCAUGACUGUGUCUGUUCCUGCCUUCCUCGGCAGUGUCCACAAGACAGGCAAGAAGACUGGAGCCGUUUUCUCACAGGUCUGCAAUUUUGUUUUUCUCCAAGUACAUCAUGACCCCUCCCCCUCCUCUUGAACUGGAGAGGGGAAGAAAUGAAAGGCAUGCCCGUUUCCAUCACCCCCAUUCCCCAAUCCCUACCCCAAACAUCAUGAACUGUUGUCAGUCUUGGAAGGAGGGACUCGGGUCCUAAGCUGGUGUGGAUAGCAAAGAAGAGGGUGUGAACCCCUGAUUUGUCUCUCUCCUACUUGUUCCUUUUCCAGGAAGUUGUGGAAUUGUUGGAAGAAGAGUUUUCAGGAAGUUAGGGCUGGGCAGAUAGUUGAGUCCUAACCUAUGGGUACGUCAUUGGCUCCCAUACCAACCUUUUCUCUUAUCCGCAGUAUCCCUGUCUCUCCACUACUUUGCAGUUACUGUGGACUCUAGGCCACUGUGCAUAGGCCUCUCUGCUCUCCAUCAAAGAAAUUCCACCUUCCUCUUGUGCCCUCUCCCCCAACUUGCCCCCAAUAUUUAGGGCUUCUUGCAACAGAUGAUUCAUUUUCUUCUGGCUUGUGGUGCUUCUUGCCACAGACAGCACAGCCCUCGCCCUGCUGAACCCCAUCCCUGCUUCAUUUCUCAGUUCUGCAUGGGCUUUGCUCUUCCCACUCACAAAGGGAGGCCUCUCAGGGACCACCAAUGUGGGACCCUCCUGAGACACCUCCACUCUGAUUCAGAAACACACUUCUACCUCUUUACUGUUAACUCCUGCAAACGCAGCCAGUAGUUUUGGGGCACUUCUCUUAGCAGUGCCUCAUGCUGGCUUCUCCACUAGGGUUUCAGGACAAACUACCAAGGAACUGCCUCAGCCUUCUCCCAGUCCGCCUACUCCCCCUUCUAGAAAUCACUUUGCUUUAUCAUCCGGAACUGAGCAGGUCCAAGAUCCAGGCUUCUACUUCAGCCCAGCCAGUACUCUUUGAGGUGAAAGCCUUAAAAUGUAGCUCCCUGGCCCUUGAUUGGAAGCAAUGUGGCAUGAACAAGCAUGUUUUGAUUUAGGCAGGGUAGCUUGGGAUACCUUUAAAAAGAAACAAACCAGAUAUAAAUAUGUCUGGCAAGGUUAGAUUCAGACUAGGUGAUUUGCUUCUAAAAAUUAGUUUCAGUGAGUCCCAGGGACUAAGGUUUAUUUAAAAGCGUCCGCCUUGGUACGCAGCCACCUCCUGCAUGCUGUGCAUGUUACUGGGACUCGUAUUACAGGAAAUGGUAUGUGAGGGUCCAAGCAGGACUCCAUGCUGCCAUCCUCCUUAUUGCCUCUGGUCCGCAUCACUAGACCCAGCAGCUCUUCACCUGCUCCCUGCCACCUUCCCUGCACCUGUCAUUUAUAGAGGCAAGUGGGUCUCUGGCCACAGAGUACAAAGUCUCAGGCUUAGAGGAGUCCACUCUUCCCUGCCUCCCCUUUCCUGUCCCCCCUUGAAUUCUCUCACCCAUUAGUGAUGCUGGGAAACUCCUAGAACAGGCAGAGCAACUAUUUAAAGGCUUGUAACUGGGGCCUUGCCCCCCCCCCCCCUUUCCACCCCUCCUUCCCUCUUCCUUCAGUGCCCUCACCACACACAAGGAAUUUUCCUAUCACUGUGAACUUUGCUGGUACAGAGGAACAUCUGCCUUCACCUGUUUUUGGACCAUAGCCACCCAUCCACUUCUUAAACUUCCCUUCCCCAAAUUAAAAAGAAAAAAAAAAAGGAAAAGAAAAAAGCCUUAUUGGCCUGGUUGUUCAAAGGAUAAGAAUAGCUU